UUUAAUAAUCUGUGGUAAGUAUACCUAUACGCUUUUUCUUUUCGGUGUAGGUACCCACACGGCGAUAAAAGUUAAAUUGUUGAGUGUCUUUUUUUUAGUUUAGCCUAGUUGCCGACUGAAUACGAAAAAAUUACCAAGUUUUGAUGUCAUUGUUUGCUAUCAUGAAGCCCGUAUUACAUAUAGAAGUUCUUCAAAAGCCGAGCAGUCAUCUACUUAAGGAUGAAGUUCUUGAACUUGUACGACCGUUUGUGAUGGAUUGUGUAGUGCUAAGCCCUAGUCAUACAUUAGCUUCAUUUGAUUAUUACCCGAUUUUAAAAGAACAUGUGCUUGUGAUUCGUUGUUGCGAGACCGAAACUGAUGCUCCGGUUAUAGCGGACGAAGCAGAACUUAUAUUUUAUGUUUACAAAUUGAACCCUUCCGGAGUAGAAACACCAGAAGCAGGAACACAUACCUGUGAAGAGACUGGUGAAGAAUUCGCCAUUUCGCACAUACGGACAUUGCCUAGUGAAGAUUUUCACGGACUGUGGGAGUCGCUUAUUUUCGAUAACCAAAUAAAGCAGGACAUUGUUCGCUUUGUGGAAGCGGCGUUCGAGUUCACCGACCACGAUUUAGAUUCGAACAUUGCAGGGUGGAACCGAGUGGUACUGUUCCAUGGACCUGCAGGUAGUGGGAAGACGAGCUUGUGUCGAGCGCUUGCACAAAAAUUAUCGAUUCGUCUCGCUGACAGUUUUUCACAAACGCGCUUAAUCGAGAUAAAUGCACAUUCUCUCGUCUCAAAGUGGUUCGCAGAAAGCGGAAAAUCCGUAUCGCGCCUGUUGGAGCAGCUCAGGGAGAUGAUGGAAGACCCACGGAUGCUGGUGUGCGUGCUGGUAGACGAGGUGGAAUCGCUGGCGUAUACACGCCAGGCCUCACUGUCAGGAGUAGAGCCUUCCGACUCGAUACGCGCUGUUAACGCACUCCUCACGCAGCUGGACCGGCUGCGGCACCGGCCUAACGCUCUCGUGCUUACCACGUCUAACGUGACGGAUGCGAUCGACGUGGCAUUCGUGGACCGCGCCGAUAUCAAGCGGUUGAUCGGCCCGCCGUCCGCGAGUGCUGCAUACGCGAUUCUACGCAGCUGCUGCUGCGAGCUUAUGACUCGUGGCCUAGUGGCGCCGCGCGAGCCCCUGUUUGAGCUGUAUUACCUGGAGGCAGUGCGUUUUACAGUCAUGGAGCCGCUGAAGACCAGCCUGCGCCUGUGGAACGUCGCUUGCGAAGCCGCGCGACGUGGGUUGUCGGGUCACGAGCUGCGCCGCCUUCCGUUCCUCGCGUACGCGUGGCACAUGCGAGAUGACAAGAGGCCGGUGGUUUUCAUGAAGGCGUUAGCCACGGCGGUAAGGGACUGCUUGCUUGAUGUCGCGACACUAGCCCGGCACUAGACUACGCCGCGCCGAUGCAGCGCUCAUCCCGGUCAAUUCUGGGACGCCUAACUUUCUCAACGAUUCAGUUGUCAUUUAUUAAUAGAUCUUUAGUUAAAAGAUUGAUUAUAUUUUUUUCUUUUCUUAGCCCGAAGGUACUGUCCCAUUGCUGUGCAAAGGUUGAUUAUCAUGUUUAUUAAAAGUUUC